CGCGCGACCUUUUCGCAAUUUUAACGAAACUUUCGAAAAUAUCUCGAGUAUUUUUGAAAGCGAUAAGAAAGUCAACAAAAAACAGAUUCAUUUGCGGACAUCAGGUUUUAAAAAGUGAGCCCACAGAGGCAUUUUAGGCGAAAGACGCGUAAAAACUACACUACCCAUGAUUCCGUGCGCGUCAACAAACUCGGGGUCAAAGGGCGGCAAAAAAAUCAGAAUCGUGUUUCCCUUCGCUUUGAGCAUGGCAUCAGACGGAUUGGGAGAGCCAACAUUGCCACCAGAGGACCAGAGAGAUGAUGGUCCAGAGGCAGGGGUACCCACUGACCCUCACUGUGGUACAGACACCCUGAAAGCCACAGCAGAGUCAGCAGAGCGGGCUGAGAAUGGAGUCAACAUGUGCCAGUUUUUCCUGAUGGGAAAGUGUCACUUUGGCAACAGAUGUCGUUUCUCUCACAGUAACCCAUCAAUAGAUGAUUCAGGGGCCGCAUCACCUGACCAGGAUGACAAACAGGAUGGAGAAAAGACGGAAAAACACAAGAAGAAAGUGAAGAAGGCAGCAAAGCCAAAAUAUGAGGCAAAAGAGGUUAACAAAAAGCCUCGCAUGCGCACAGCAGAUGACGUUAUCUCCCGGAUCCUGUGGGACGCAUCGGUGGACGCAUCAGAAUUUGUAGUGGGGUAUGUGGAUCGCUUCCUUGGUGUGCUGGAGCGACCCUUCAAUGACUUCAACUGGGACACCAACCCUUGUGACUGUGACUACUCAUCUGAGCUGGCCCUGCCCAGACACAGGAUCCAGUACUUCACCUAUAGAGGGCACCGCGUCUGGGACCGCCAUACCAGGACUGACAGGGUGUUUGGCUCCACCGGACAAUCUCUGGCUCCCCCCUUUGGAGGGGAGGAGGAAGUAAAGGAAAAACAAGAGCAACAGCAAGACGGCCUCAAAACGACAGAAGAGCAGCCACCUGAAGUCAGCGUGCAGGAAGAGAGUGAAACAGAGGUGUGUACUCUCACUGAGAACACACAUCUGGAGAAAGAGAAGCAGAGUGAGAUGAAUUCUCACAACCCUGACUCAACACAACCACCUCCAAAGUGUCGAGAAAACAGUUCUCAGGAACAACUGGAAUCACAAGGAGGAGAAUGUGUCGUGGAAGAGGCUGCAGUGAGACCUGAGGCUUCAACAGACCAAAUGUCUUUAUCCCACAAAGAAGAAGCAAGCGUAAAAGAGGAGGGUAAGGAAGAGAAUUUAGCAGAAUGGCAAGAAAGCUGGGACGGCAACGAAGACACUUUGAGUUAUCUCGGAGCCAUGAACAUCGGUCAGAAUCCAUCAGCACCUCUGGAGCAGCGAGAGGAGAAGCCUAGUGGCGGUGGUGGUCGCCCCCCUAAAAAACGACCCACGCACUUCAUCACCUUCAGGGCCAACACUCCUGCCAUCCUGUCCGGGUUCCAGCAGCUACAGGAGGAGGUCACCUCCCUCCUACCGUCCUCCGCCCCUCACUGGCAUACAGCCUCCAGCCUUCAUGUCACAAUGUGCCUCCUGAAUCUGUCCGGCCCAGCUGAGGUAGCCGCUGCUGGAGAGAUCCUCCGACGGUUUGCCAGUUUGGAUCGUAACCCGCCGGUGGCUCUGACCUUCCCUGUGAAGCUGAAACAUUUCAACGGGAAAGUGCUGUACCUGAGCCCUCAGCCUCAGCUUCACCUCCAGCAGCUCAACGGCGGCCUGCAGGAGGCCUACAGGAAGGAGGGCUGGCUCCACAGGAACUCCUACAACCCACGAUAUCACCUCACCCUGGCCAAGGUAGAGGGCACGGAGGGAGAGAGGAUUUUUGAAGGGGUGGGGGACCUGAAAGUGGGCAAGGGUUUAAAUUUUGGUCGUCUGCCAGUAAACACCUUACACCUCUGUGCCAUGGGGGGUUCCAAAGUAGACGGUUUUUAUGAGACCGCCUGCACAGUAACUCUUCGAUGAUAGAAGAGUAAGAACACUACAUACAUGUUUGUUAAAGCUGCAGCUGGUAACUUUCAGAAAAAUGACUUUUUGUUAUAUUUGCUGACAAUUGAGUGAAAAAAUAUGCUCCUCCUCCUCCUCCUCGUAGCGCUUCUAAUGGCAGGAAUUCACCGCAUGUGAACGAAAACAACCAAUCAGAGCUGAGGAGUCUCUAACACAGCUGUCAGUCACUGCUAGUGAGCUGAUGUUACCUGUGAAACUAGGCAGCGCUGAUCAAAUAUGAAUCAUGAUUCUGUUACGACAUUGCCUAUUUCUCACGUCAGAUGUUUUGAGAAACAUAUUUUUGUGUACUGUUUAGCUGUUAAAUGAGAAUGUUUGUGACCCAGCCACCAUGUUGGAAACAGUCGAGCCAAACUGAAGCACCACCCACUGACCAGAACAAACCUUCUGUUCUUACAGCCAAACACUACACUACACCAGACAGUUGGUUCGACUGGUUGUUGUUCAACUGCUCUCAGUGUUGCAGCUGGAGCAAACAUUCUCAUCUUACAGCUAAACUGUACACUAAAAUAUCUGAAAACAUUUGAGGUGAGAAAUAUGCAAUGCAUUAACAGAAUCUUGAUUCAUAUUUGAUCUGCGUUGUUCAGUUUGACCGCAGUUCACGAGCUGUGACGGACAUGAUUGACAGCUGUGUUGGAGACUCCUCUGCUCUAAUUGGUUGUUUCCUUCAGCUGUGGUGGAUUCUAGUGAAUGCCAUUAGAAGCACUGAGAGGAGCAGCAACAUGUAUCUUUCACAGAUUAUCCGUCUCAUGUACAACUGAGUGAAUAUUAGUGACCGUUUCAGCAAAUAUGACAAAAAGUUUUAGAAUUUUUAAAUGCAAUAAGUGUGUAAUUUUUAUAAAAGUUACUAACUGCAGCUUUAGUACAGUUGGUGCACUACCUCUGAGAUUUGCACUAGCCGUAUGGCCUUAUCAUCCAAAGCUGAUGUCUGUGUUUUUUAAGUUUUUAAGUUCUUAAAUUAUUUCAGAUAAAAUGCACUUUUAAAGAUAAUCAGGUUAAAGACAUUUUUAUAUGAAGGCCUAAAGGGAGAAAACUUAACUUAGCACAAUGACAAACACUAUGUUCACGUAUACUGAUCUGUAUUAAGGUGCAAAAGCAUACAAUGGUCCUACAACACUUAAAUUAUAAUCUGAUCAAAAAUAUGUGUAUUUUUCUUAAUGAAUGCACUUUAAUCUAAGGGCCUAUAUUAUAUCCUUUUCAAGAUGAGAAAUGAUUGUAGUAGUUUGUCACAAUACUGGAAUUUCUAACUUUGAUACAAUACCUUAAAAAAUAUAUGAUUCAACACCAUGGGAAAAAAUUGACAUUGGCGUACAAGUUAAAAUUUGCAUUAAAAAAUAAAUAUAACACGGCUGUAACAUGACGACAACUUUUCUUUUUUUGGUUAGUAACGGAACAGCAGAAAGACUGUAAACUCUGACAAGGAGAGAGGAAGCACAUUUGAUACUGGUGUAAUUAUACUGCUGAAAAUGAGCAUUGAAACCAUUUCAAAUGUUGAGAAUCAAUAUUUUUGACAGCACUAGAAUGUAUUUUGUAAUACUACAGGGAAUUUAUAAUGCAAUUUUCACCAACAUGUUUAUCAUGUUAAAACACAAAGUUUCAUAAGUUGUUUUACUUGUUGGCUUUAGUUGAAAGAAAUUAAAAGAUUCUCUACUAAGCCCACAAGUGCAAAGUUAAACAUUUUACAAGUGAUACGCCCCACCCUUAGGCGGCCCUAUGGGGCAAACUAACCACAUAACCACCAACACUCAAAUCCACUGCAUUUAUUACAAAUAAAACAAGCAAACAAGACAACAAAAAUCCCAUGUUGAGAGGCAGCGGGACAAACACCAGAGGCCUCUCUCCUCUGCUGCUGGCACAGGAGCUCUUAGGCACCUCCUCAACGCCAGGUGCACUGCACACCUGGGCAGAUCUACAAUGGAGGGAAAAGGGACAGCAGCACAGAACAACACACAGCCGUAACAACAAGUUUCAAAGUAAAAUGAUCAGCCAAUUAAUCAAUUAGUCCAUUAGUAGAAAAUUACUUUUUUGACUCUAAAAGGUAUUCUAUGCAGGAUUGUUGGGUAAAAUUUGUAAAUUCGGUCGCCAGCGAAAGUGGAAGUAAAAGCCAACCCCAGAUGACCUCACAUGAGUGCUGUGGGUGUACUCGCCCAUAAAUGUCCUGAACACAGAAAAUACAAAGAAAUUAAGAAAAUGGAGGCAGAGGUCAAAGUCUGUGCAGAAAAAUACACCACCCCACACUUCUAGUGGGAAUUACUUCUGUAUGAGUGCAUACAUUGUGUUUUUAGGAAAAUCCUGUGUAGUAUACCUUUAAUUAAACUGAAGAGGCACUUUGAAGACAUCACCUUGGACUUUAGGAGAUCGUUUUUUACAAUUUUCUACAAUUUUCUACAAUUUUAUCAACCAAAAUUAAAAGUUUAAUAGACAAAAUAAUCAUAUUAAUUGAUAAUCACAGUAACAUUAGUUGAAGCUCUUGUCAAAAUGGAACCCGAAGUCAGUGUGAACGUCACCUGCUGAAGAUGCAUAGUUUACUGUCAAAUCUGCCUUCAGGCCCUGAGAGAGGCACAUGGACAUAAACGAUCUUUAAUCAGCUCUGAGUCAUUAAACUAACUCGACAUACACAGUAGAAAACUUCCUUAUGAUAUACGGUGCCUUAAGUAGAAUGUAAAUUGUUUUCCUCUUUUUAUGAUCUGCUGGACCAAACACGGUGCACGGGGCCAACUUCACACUUCACUUCUGUAUCUACUGUUUUAUAACUACACAGACAGGACAUAUGCACCUGCCAUAAAGGUUUAUGUACGUUGCAUGAAUUGUUUAUGAGGAGAAAAGAUUAGGCUUUCUUUACAGCUAUGAAUUAAGCAGUUGUACUCUGCAGCUCAUAAUUCUACGAUUUAUCUGUUGAACAUGAAUAUUGUAUGCCUGGGGUUCCACAAGAACGAUGACUUUGUAUGCCUUUUACGAUGAAUUAUAACCACUAGAUUGUCAAGGACAUUAAAUAUUGAAUUGGUUAUUUUAAA